AUGAAUAGUGUUCGAUCUGUCCCGUCUGUCAACUUUAAUGUUGAUAACGGUUAUUUGGAGGGUUUGAUACGUGGUUUAAAAGGUGGUAUCCUUAAGCAAUCCGACUACCUUGUCCUCAUUCAAUGUGAAACUCUGGAAGACUUAAAGCUCCAUUUGCAGGAUACUGAUUACGGAAACUUUUUGGCUAAUGAACCAGGCCCUCUUACAGUUAGCAUCAUCGAAGAGAAGAUGAGGGAGAAACUUGUUGGCGAAUUCCGAUAUAUCCGCAACCAGGCCUUCCAUCCUUUAACGCUAUUUCUUGAUUAUAUAACAUAUAGUUAUAUGAUUGAUAAUAUUGUGCUUCUCAUCACUGGUACACUCCACGAACGACCAAUUUCUGAAUUAAUAACAAAGUGUCACCCCCUAGGAACUUUUAUGCAAAUGGAAACGUUGCAUAUUGCUUCGACUCCCGCUGAGUUGUACACAGCCGUCCUUGUUGACACUCCGCUGGCUCCAUAUUUCAUUGACUGUAUCUCAAAGCAUGACUUGGACGAACUAAAUAUCGAAAUCAUACGGAACACGCUUUACCGCGCUUAUCUCGAGGACUUUUACGCCUUGUGCAAAUCAUUGGGAGGUUCAACUGCCGAAAUAAUGUGUCAGUUACUUGCCUUUGAGGCAGAUAGACGGUCUUUUCUCAUCACGAUAAACUCAUUCGGUACAGAACUGACUAAAGAGGAUCGUGCCAAGCUCUAUCCUCGCUGUGGUCGAUUGCAUCCAUAUGGCUUAGCUGCUCUUGCGAAAGCAGACGAUUUUGAUCAGGUUCGGCAUGUUGCUGAAUAUUACGCGGAGUAUAAAACAUUGUUUGAUGAUUCUGGCGAUGCUAUCGGUGACAAAACUCUUGAAGACAAAUUCUUCGAGUAUGAGGUACAGCUAAAUCUAGAUUCUUUCAUGCAGCAGUUCCACUUUGGCAUGUUCUACUCAUACAUAAAGCUUAAAGAACAGGAAAUGAGGAACAUAGUUUGGAUUGCGGAAUGUGUUUCACAGCGUCAUCGAGCCAAGAUCGACUCCUACAUUCCCAUUCUGUGA